AUGGGGCUUGAGUUGAAAAAUACGCGUUAUAUGACAUGCUUCAUUGGACGUUGCGACUUAGCUUUUAGAAUGACGGUUGCUGUUGAGACUGUUGCCUCUGCCUUGGUGGCCGCUCUGGUACAUUUUGCUGCAGAGAUGUGGGAGAAACGAACUGAUAUGAGAAAAUUAAAACCAAACGCAAUUCCCACAAUAUUUGUAUUAACUGAAAACAAAAUAAACAUUAAUAUCAAAUCUGCUGAAUUGUAUCAAUCUGUCAACGACAUUCAACUGGAUGAACAUGUUGGCGAUGUGCAAAAACAAGAAUUCCAGCCUGUCGACGACAUUCAACUGGAUGAACAUGUUGGCAAUGUGCAAAAACAGGAAUUCCAGGCAAUUAAUAAUAUACUUGGAUCUGCUGAAACAUAUCAGCCUGUCGACGACAUUCAACUGGAUGAACAUGGCGAUGUGCGAAAACAGGAACUCCAGGUGAUUGAUAAUGCAUGUGAAUUAUCAACGAUAAGUUCACCUUCAUGUUCAACCGAAUGUAAAGAAAAACAAGAGAAACGAUAUAAGAAAUUGAAGGAUUUUAUCCGAAAGCAGCAAAUAAAUAUUGUUCAAAUGCGAAGAAAAAUGAAAGCUUUGAGAUUUUCUCUACAUGCCUAUCAAAAUAAAGAAAGCGAUAAAAAAAAUGAUAAAUAUAAAAAUGCUUUAAAGUCUAUAUUUACAGAAUGUCAAAUUAAAGCCUUGUUAAAAAAAAAUCGAAACAAUCAUGUUUGGUCACACGAAAUAAUUGAAUAUGCUUUGCAAUUAAAAUUUAUUUGUGACGCAAAUGGAUAUAUGGCACUUCUUCGUCGUGGACUGCCACUUCCAAGUAUACGGACAUUACAACGAAAAUUACAAGAUUUUCAGUUUGAACCUGGAAUUUCGGAAGUUCUGUUUGAAUUUUUAAAAAAUAAGAAAGCUUAUCUUAAAAAUGAGAAUGACAUAGAAUGCGGAUUAGUAUUUGAUGAAAUGUCCAUUACAUCAAAAAAAUCUUACAAUCCUUCAACUGGAUCAGAAAUAGGUAACAUAACGUUUCCUAAUGAUAAUGGUAUUGCUACGCAUGCAAUAGUUUUUAUGCUUGUUGAUAUUUCUGAUCGGUGGAAACAUGUGGUGGGGCAUCAUUUUACAGGUAAUAAAUUCAACAGUAAUGUAUUAAAAAAAAUAAUAUUUCAGAUCAUAAACAAAGCUGAGAGAAUAGGGUACCACGUGAAUUUUAUCACAUCAGACAUGGGCCUCGGAAAUAUAGGAUUAUGAAAAUUAUUGGGUAUAAGUAACGGUAGAUAUAGUACAAUUGUAAAUUAUAUUGUACAUCCAUUUGAUAAAAGUCGGUAUUUAUUUAUUAUUGCUGACCCACCACACGUUUACAAAAACCUCAAACAGGCCUUAAUUAAUAAUUAUUACAAUUAUUAAUUAUUACAAUUCCUAAUAAUAUUAUAAUUAAAUAUAAUUUACCUUCAAAUCAAGUACAAUUAAAACAUUUCAAUGAUUUAAUAAAUAUUCAAAAUAAAUCAUAACUUUUGUUAACUAGAUUAAGUGCAGAUGAUAUACGUUGCAACAAUUUUAAUAAAAUGAAAGUAAAUAAGGCUAAAAAUAGGUUUUCUAAUGAAGUAAGCACUUCUUUACAAUUGUUAACGGAUGAAAAUAAACAACCGGAAUACGUUACAACUGCGUGGUUUGUAAAAAUUAUUUUUAAGUGGUUUACCCUUGUCACAUCAAGAUGUUGCAGUGUAGCACUGGGUACAAAAAAUGAAAAUGCAUACAAUGCAAGUUUUGGUUUUUUAAAUGAAAUUAUUACUAUUUUUACUACAUUAGAAAUAGGUAAAGGCCAAUUCAAACCAGUACAAAGGGGUAUAAUAAUUAGCACAAAGUCAAUUAUUGAUUUAAGUGAAUUUCUUAUAACAAAAAAAAAUUUUUUAAUUUGUUUUAACCUCUCGUUUCACCCAAGAUUGUAUGGAAAAUCUAUUUUCUCAAAUCAGGCAAAAACAUGUAAUACCCGAACUGCUACAAUUUUCAAAUGAUUUAAAAUUCAUUUCUGUUGCAUUAUAUAUGGGAUAUACAAAAAAUAUCAGUUAUGAUAACAGUGAUAGGACAUUUUUUUCAGGAUUUAUUGAAUAUUUGGCCAAAACAAAGCAGAAAAAGAAAUGUGAAUUAGACGUCAAUGUUAAUUUAAACAAUGUAAGCUAUAAUGACAAAAUACCACCUUUCAAUAAAAAAUUAGUAUCAAAGUAUUUAUCAAAUUUGGAAUUAAAUAGUUUGUAUAAUAUUGCAGGAUAUAUUAUUCAAUCAAUAAAGAAAACAUGCAGAACAUGUGAUGAUUGCUUGCAAUCGGUAGGAUCAAAAAUUGCAUUGUUAUAUACAUUCACUAAAUUUGUUCAAUUAAAAUGUUAUUCAAACAAUACCUUAUUUUUCGUUUAUAUUAAAACGUUCCAAUUUUUUAUAAAACUUGAACAAAUGUUUCGUCAUUAUAGUAAUUAUUUUAAUAGCAUGAAAAAAGUUAACCAUAAAUUAUUUUUAAUUAAAAAGUUUUGUGAAAUUGAAGCGAACCA